CCCUUUGGUAACGUGUGUCUUCCACACUUACUCCACACACCUUCUUCACCUUCAUAAUCAUACUUAUCAUUUUCCUAAUCAUCUUUUCCUCAUUUAGCAUAAUCUUCCUCAUUUCUCAUGGCAUCACUCACCAACAACCAAGCCAAAUUUGAUCUUGAACAACAAUCAUCAACAAUAACAACACUAGAAGUUGAAACAAAAGAUUUUGACUACUCAAAAAGAUCACAAUGGCUCCGCGCCGCAGUUUUAGGCGCUAACGAUGGAUUAGUCUCUACAGCUUCGCUGAUGAUGGGAGUCGGGGCAGUCAAACAAGAUAUCAAAGCUAUGAUCUUAACCGGUUUUGCCGGGUUGGUAGCUGGUGCAUGCAGCAUGGCUAUAGGCGAGUUUGUUUCGGUUUACUCGCAAUUGGAUAUUGAAGUUGCUCAAAUGAAAAGAGAGAAAGAGAGAGGAAGAGGAGUUGGUGAUGGUGAAGAGAAGGAAAGUUUGCCUAAUCCUUUGCAAGCAGCAGCUGCUUCAGCUUUAGCUUUUUCUAUUGGUGCAAUGGUGCCAUUGCUUGCAGCUUUUUUUAUAAGUGAUUAUAAGGUGAGACUUGGUGUUGUUGUGGCUGCAGUUAGUUUUGCUUUGGUUGUUUUUGGUUGGUUUGGAGCUGUGUUGGGUAAGGCUCCAAUUUUUAGGUCUAUUUUGAGGGUUUUGAUUGGUGGUUGGGUUGCUAUGUCCAUUACCUUUGGGCUUACCAAGUUAAUCGGGACAAGUGGUCUUUAGGUUUUUUUCAUAAUUAUUUUUAUUUCAGACGAUUUCGUAAAAACCGUCGUAUUCAAAAGUAAUCUUUUGAAACAGAUAAAAAAAACCUAUGUUUUAUCUGAAUUUCGACCCGAUAAAAAAUACAUAUUUGUAUGAAUUUAUGUAUCUUCCGGAUCAAAAAUUGUGUUUUUCUUUUUUUGGAUUUUCACCUCCAAAGUAUAUGUGGAGGUAGGAAAAGAAGUUUGUUGGUUUUUAUAUUUUGUAAAGUGUGUUUUGCAAGUAAGAUGUCAUUUAUGGUUUAUUAGUUGAAGAAAUUAGUUUUGGUAAUUAGUAUUGAAAGAGGAUAUAAGAUGUUUUAUAGCCUCUUUGUAAUUUGUA